AUGAAACACCACUCACAGGAGUUGUUUGAACUCUGCACGGACACAAAGUCUAUACCACGCCGGCGUACCCGAAGUGUUAGUCCUCCUGCAGCCCGAACAAAUCAACGUCCCAAAUCUGGCGGUCGAGAUGAGUUAUGGGACCCAUGGCCGGACGGUGACUUUGAAAAGUUAUUCACAUGGGAGGAGGUAUUACGAACUGAUAAUCUUAGUGAACAUUGGGCUUGUCAGCCAGGAGGAGGAGACAAGAGGGGGUCAGAGUCAGCACUCGCGUGGUCGCAAGGUAAAAAGACGAGACGCGUUUGCCUGGGUGUCAUUACUUGUGAUGAACCUACCUGUGAGGUAGUCACACGUCCGCAGACCCGCCGGGCUGGUAUCAUGGGACAACUCAAUGCAUCGUGCCUUUGUGGUAGUCAGCUCAAGCACAUCGACUGCGGUGUCACAUCAGUGUUGUAUUCAUUCAAAGGAGGCGUCUACUACAUUCACAAGGGCAUUCACCACCAUCCGAAACAAACUCACAUCUUGCAUCUAUCUCGUGACGAGCGGACAAGAUUCGAACAAAUUGUCUUCGAAAAUCCUGCUGCUGGCCCUGCAGCAUUAAUUGCUGGUCGUAACAGCCUUACUGGUACCCGUGAAUCUGUUGCAACGAUCUCCACAGUGCUUCUCAACCAGGACCGUGUCAAGGCCGAGCUGCAAGCACUACGGGGCAAGUCCACUCGGAACUUCGUUGAUGACUUCGCAGAAUUCCAGAAGAACCAUCCAGGAUAUGUUUUGUAUUCUCAAUUCGAAGCAGUGACUGUCGUUGUUGUUCAAACUCAAUUCAUGGUGUCGCAACUGGUGACCGACUUCAUCGAGGACGAGGCUGUGAAUGGCAUUGUUUCGGAUGCAGCACAUGGAUUUUGGUACUCAUCUAAGGAUCUUCUUAUAAUUAGUUCGACAUAUUCUGCUUUGCUCGCAUGCUGGGUACCCGGACUCAUGACCUAUGCAAAUGGAGGUUCAGCCGAGCACUACCGAUUACAUUUUCUUGUCCUUUUCAACUCCAUGGCAGAUGAAUGCGAGAAGCACGGGCGUGAAGUCAAUGAUGAAUUGUUUGGCAACGUUGUUGACUUCAGCGAGGCUGAACGAGUUGGGUUUACUCAAGCAUUCAUUAUGUUCUGGACCAAUCGCGAGGAUUCACGUUCUCAGGCUGAACUUGAAGAUGCAGCAGGAGCACUCCUCAAAGGCUGUCAGCAGCAUUACCGGUCUCAGGUCACACGUGUCAAAAAAAUCAGUGGAGUUAUUGACCCUGCCAAAGCGGACAACUUUCAGAGUCGUGCCCUGGCCCUGCUGUUGGUCUUGGAUAUGGACACUUUCAAGCAAAAGGUUGCAUCCCUUUUACGAGACUACCCCAAGACAAAGCCAUGGCUGGAGUGGUGGCUUCGUGACAGCCAUGCCCAGAUGCUGUUUCCUCCUUUUCAGAAGAUGAAAACGGGUCUAUUCCAGGCAAUGCCAGACUCCACUAAUGCAGAAGAAGCGAUGCACGCAAAGUUAUAUGCCACAGUUGGCAAGCGCUACAACUUGAUGGAGGGGCUGCUUUGUUUGCAGGUUUUUAUGGAAAGUUUUCAACUACGUGCAGCUGGCCGAAGUGUGGGUGCUCCAAUUCGCUACGGAGCAGCCAAGAGCUGGCAAACCAAUCUACAAAUACAUGGUCGUACUCAUCCAGAAAGAGCACCACGAUCACAUCGGUCCAAGUCCAGAAAAAAUGAUGGACGCCCUCCUGAUACCUCGCGACAGCUUCUGAGAACCCAUUCAAAAACUCGUGACAAGCAACAGGCUUCCAAAGAAGACUUAGAUUCAGAUUCUGACAAUUCGCUCGACUCCAACAUCUCUAACCAUCCACUGAGCUCGCGCCCCAGUUAUCCCUGCAUUGAUCAGACAUCUAAUGCAUCUCGUAUCUUGACGACUCAACGUGAUGGGUUCCGCAAGAAUCUGAGGGCCACACGAAUCAUCAAGGAUAUAUCAAGUGCGGACGGAGUAUUUGGCUGGCUAGGAAGGGCAUUCCGACUACUGCUGCACAAGAUGCCACCUGAAGAGACGUACCUUGCUCGCACUUUCUUCGAGGCCCAGAUCAUAGACCUGCGAUUUUGCUCUGGUACUUCAGGAGGACCAAUGCACUGGCAAAUACCACGUCAACCGCACCCCAAGUGUCAUUUUCAGCUUGAUGUCAAACUCUCAGCUCAGUACAAGGGCGAUCUAGCUGCUUGGUUUCGUGAUCUCAUUCGCGUGAACAAGGAGGCCACUUCUAAGACUUAUUGCUGGCGAACUUUGGAUGCACAGGUUUUAUGUGACGGCUCCUCCAAUUUCAUCACUUUGUAUCUUGGAAUUCCUGUGAUGUUGAUAGUCGAGUUUGGUGAUGUCCUCCAUCGCGAUAACAAAUGGAACAUUCCCAAGCACAUAAGGCCUCUCACAAAAGAAGCCGAAGAACAGCAUUCCCUCGUUUACGACGUGGUUGGCCUUGCCUUUUGUGACCCUACACCAAAGCUGGCACACUUUAUUACUCGCUACUCACUGGAUGGCAAGAGGGUCUACCAUUACGAUGACCUUUCUCAUGGAGGAUAUGCACAAUUGUUGAAGAAUGCAACUGUCAAGAGCCAUCUUGUGGGCAAUUUGCACGACAUCCCGGCACCAGGAGGCUUCAAUGUUCAUGGUGUUGUGUAUAGGCUACGUGGUGGCUCUGAUGCGCAGAACUUCUUUGCUGAACAUCAAAUAGCAGCCGCAGAACGUUUGCAUCAUGUUCAUGUCAAACGUGACCUGCAGUCGCCAGGUUCAAUUCCUAUCAUUUCUUUGUCUCGCACUGCAGUGGCUGCUGUUGAUCCAGACAAUCUUAUUUGGCUCAAAAACCCUGCAACUACACAGAAUAUAGAAUACGAGCAGGUGCCAAUCGAGGAUCCAUUGGUCCUUCAGGCAUCUGGCAAUGAAGAGGAAUCACUGUCCACAUCUGAGAUAAAGAAACCAUUAGAGCUGGACGACGGAGAGAGUGAAGCAUCUGACUAUACAUUUGAUUGUAGGUGUGGGGCUCUUGGCAACGGCCAUGAAGUUGCAGGUGGUCAAAAGACAAUCCGAUGUGAUCUGUGUGAAAAUUGGUCACACAUUGCUUGUCAGAGAGGUGGCCGAGCCAGCAAUCUUCAUCCAAAGGCAGCAUUUUAUUGCGAUGGAUGCUCAACACAGGAGUCAAAAGCACCACCAACUCGCAAGAGCAGCAGGAAAGCCACAACAAAGAAGAAAACGGCUCCACUUCACACACGUCUGAUCGCCGGCAAAGGAGCUCUGGCUCGUCUCGGGAAGUAUUGGUAUCCUGUGCGGCUGAUUCAGUCCUAUGACACUGUUGGUCUCCCUGCUAGUGCACGCAACCGAGUACGCUGGUGGGUGGUCUGGUGGCGCGGUUGCAGAUUCCCAUUAAGUUUGGGAUCACCUCCUGGUGAUGUUGAGCAAGGAGAUCUCAUGGAUGAACUUUGGCAGGACCAAGCUAAGAGGCGUGAGAUUCGCCUCGGAGAAUGGAUCCACUCUUGGGAUACUCCUCGCGAAGAAGACUUGAUUCAAAACUUUAUGUCAGCGGAAGUAUCAAAAGAACUGGACGACAUUCUACUACCACAUAUUGCUUCGCUUCAGAAGCUCCUUGACAGUCCAGACUUGAACCAAUAUGGUGCGGAGGCAUACCCCGUGAUAGACUACAUCUUGCGAUCGAGGAAGAAGCCAGAUGGUGUGGGUGCAUACAGCAUACCAUUUUGUGGUGACAUCUCUUCUCAUGAGUAUGCCAAAAUUGCACGUUGGUUCUCGGAGAAUGUUCCUGGUGCUUCCGGUCAAGUCGAAAAAUGGCUUGGUGGCAUGCCUUUGGUGCAUGCUUUCACUCUCGUGGUUGCUCAUCGAAAGGCCAGUGAUUUCGAAAAACGCAUUGAAGCUCGAAACGAAGAAUGGAACGAUAGCAUGCUGUUGAAGAUGGCUUGGGCUGAUCUCAUGAUAAGCUAUCCUACCAAUAGCUUCGUGGCUGACGUCGACCUUGAGUGUCUGACCGCACUAGAAGCAAGGAUGUUCGAGGAUUCCGAAGAAGCAGGACCUGCAGGCAACCAGCAGUGGGGUUUGGAUGCUGGCCAACAUCACAGGCGAUGGAAUGUGUAUCUCGGAAUUCCUGAUGAAUGGGUUUCUGCAAGAGAUUAUAGCGAAAGUGAACUUGAAGUGAGGAAGACAUUACCUGCUCCGUUUGAUAGAUAUCUAACUUAUGUGAUUAACAGCGCGGCCCCUUAUUCAGUGAUAACUCUGAUGCUACAUCUGUGGAGUCUGCAGACGAGCUAUCCGAAGCUGUAG